AUGAACUCAAUUUAGUAAUAUGAAAAGUGUGAAAACCUUGGAUAAGGAACUUAUGGAAAGGUUUAUAAGGGAAUAAAUAAACUAACUCAUGAAGUUGUUGCAAUCAAAGAAAUAAUUCAUUCUGAAGAAGAAAAAAAGGAGGGAAUAUAAUCAACUACCUUAAGAGAAAUGUCGGUUUUACUAUAAUUUAGGAAGCAUCCCCAUAUUGUUGAGUAAAACUUAUUAAUAAACAAGAUUGAAACAAGUUAUUUUAGAUGAUACUGAUUAUAAGCAAUAUCUGAUAAUGGAGUAUAUCGAUACAGAUCUCCGAAAAAUGAUUGAUCAAAAGAAAAUAACGGAACACAUGGCGAAAAAGCUACUCCUUCAUAUUUUAAGAGGUCUUUAUGCUUUACAUAGUUAACUUAUAUUUCAUAGAGAUCUAAAACCUGCUAAUAUUUUAGUUCAAAAUGGAGUGGCUAAAUUGGGAGAUUUUGGGCUAGCCAAGCCAAUAGGUUAUCCAAUAAAUAGAACUCAUACCAAGGAAGUACAAACACUAUGGUACAGAGCUCCAGAAUUGCUUUUAGGUCACUUUAAGUAUUCUCCAGCAUUGGAUAUUUUUUCAUUAGGAUGCAUCUUCUAUGAAAUGUUGAUUGGAGAAGCAUUGUUUAAAGGAAAUAGUGAAAUUGAUUAGCUAAUUAGAAUCUUUUAAUUUAUGGGUACUCCUUUGGAUUGGGAGGGCUUUAAAUCUAUGCCAUAUUAUUCUGCUAAAUUUCCAUAGUUUAAAUCAGAGGCAGAAAAACACUUAUCCAAUUACAAUAUUUCUUAGGAGGCUAAAAAUUUGUUGUUAAAAAUGCUUUAAAUUGAUAGUACUAAACGAAUUACUGCCAAGGAGGCAAUAAAUGAUAUAUAUUUUUCUAUUAUUUGA